CUCUGCUCCGCAGCCGCGCCGGCCGCGCUGCGCCCCGGCUCCGUGCGCCCCGCGGACCGACCAGUGCUGCCGCUCGCCGCCGCCUUUAGGCGCUGCCGCUCCGAGCGCUCCGCUGGCUCCGCUGCGCCCCGCUGCGCCGCUGUGCGCGCUCCGCCGCGCUCCAGCCCGAGGCAGCCAGCAGUUGAGCCCGCGACUCGUGCAGGCACUCGUCCGAUGGAGCGGCUGCGGCGCUAGCGCGCUAGCGGCUUGCCACGGCUCGGGCCCGGGCUGAGGCUGUGCUCCGGUACCGGCGGCGGGCCGGCUCGCCCCUGGGCUCGCCAGGCGUUAGGCCCCACCGGCACCAUGGCGUCGUCCUGCCUCCUCAACUUCGCCCGCUACCCCCCGCAGCCGCAGGGGGCGGCGCACCCCCAUCCCCCGGGCGGGGCGCACCCCGGGGCGUCGCCGCAGGGGUCGCCGCAGUCCCCCGUGGACGUGAUCGCCGAGGACGACGACGACGACGAGGUGCUGAGCGUGGGCUCGGAGCCCCGCGCGCCUGACAGCGCCCCCGGCAGCCCGCGGAGCCCACCGCGGAGCCCCUCGCGAAGCCUCUCCAGGUGCACGCGCAGCCCGCGCAGCCCCGGCGGCCUCGACGAGUGUUGUGACUUACCCGGCAUGAUGCCCGUGCCCUGUGUGCCCACCAUCGGCGCCCUUAAGUUCAGCAUUGCCAACAUCCUAAGGCCCGAGUUCGGCGCGGGCCGCCCCUCCAGUGGUAGCAGGACGCCCUGCCGGACUGCGGGGCCGCCCCCCUCCACCCCUGCCUCGGCGCUGCCCCCUGCCCCCAUAGACUUGUCGAGGGUGUCGUCCACUCCUGUGCAGCCACCCCCGCCUCCCCCCUCCGUGGCCUCCGUGGCCUCAUCGUCCUCGUCUUCCUCGUCGUCCACGGACAACGGCUCUUCGUCGUCCUCCGCGGAUCCGCUGCUUUGGCCUGCCUGGGUGUACUGCACGCGGUACUCGGAUCGACCGUCCUCUGCAAUCUUCAGAAUCUUGCAAUCUUGUAAGGCUUCCUCUUUUGAGGGUGUUCCAUAG